UACACAAUAGCUGGUUUAAAAAUGUUUAACAAAAUGUCUUGCAAAGCUACAUGUAUCUUACUGAUUAUCCUAUGGUUUACAUAUAUUACAUAUGGAUGUUUUUGUGUUACUAAACAUCCACAAAGUAUAUUUUGUGAAGAAAAUGUUGUAGUGUUUGUUGGGAAAGUAACAAAAGAAGAACUUCCAAAGACAACACAAAACAGAUAUAUUAGAUAUUACUUCAAGCUGGUUACUUCAUUAAAGGGAAUUCGUGAAUCAGUUGGAUCAACAAUCAUUGCACAGACACCUUCUGGAACAAGUUGUGAUAUGAGAUUGACCGUAGGCGAAAAGAUAUUAUUGUCAGGUACAAAAUAG